AUGUCAAUUCAAUUGUUUGGUAAAUUAGCAAUACACAUUGUGCUGCUAACUUACCCAGUAACAUCGCUAAAAAUUACCAUAACAAAGGACAGCUAUGAAAAUGUUAAACAAAUUGAUGCCGCUAUAGAGACAAAAGACGAUAACCUGCAAAAUUUGCGCAAACAAUCCGAUAGAAAUAAUGAAGUUGAGGGAAUAGCGCCUAAACUUACACCCACAACAACACUGCCUACACCCCUACCUCCUAACGCUAAGCCCAAAAGUGUAAAUGAGGAAGAUAUUGCAGAAGAAAUUAGGAAGAGGAUUAUCAAAAAUCUAUCAGCUCAAUCUAAACGUCAGAUACAUUCACCAAACGAAUCCGUUGUACGGCCGAUUACCCAAACAAUAGCCUCUGCAACUAAUAUCGCACAGCCCUUAACCAAUAGGGUGGUAGUUGAUAAGGCAGUAGAUAAUCGUGUAAUUGUGAUACCCAAAACGAAAAAUUUUUACAGCGGGAACGCUAAAACAAUUAGCAUUUCUAUCGCAAUAUGUACGUUUGUACUCUCAAUUGUUGUAACAUGUUACUUGAUAUAUCACACGGCAUCACUCUUCUCAAAGGGGUUCUAUUCCACAAAGUUUUACAAGGGCGGAGGGACACUGAUGGUAUUCAUGGCUAUGGAAGGCAAUUUGUUUGGUUUGUUUCUAGGCUGGAUUGUAUGGCAUGACUUGAAUACUUCUAUUUCAGUCGCUGGCCCUUCGAUGUGCUUGUUUGUGGCAGUGAUUCUUCUGGGACCAAGAGGCGCAACUUUAGGUGGAUUUGGCGGUUUCACACUGGGCUUCGUCUUUGGUAAUUUUAUAUGCAAUAGCAUCAAUUCCAUGGUUCUCUGGUCCACUGUUGGUAUAUGUUGCGGUUCAAUAAUAGGGUUUUUGCCUGUAUUUCCCAGUCUUAAAAUCAAUCAAAGGUAUUCGAGGAUAAUAAUAUUGGAAAAAAACUAA